UCUAUUGUGGUGGCAAGAACCACUACGCUAAGGACUGUGUUCUUAAGAAGAUGGCUGAAAAGGACAAUGGAAAUGAUGAGGAAGCUGUGCUGCAGAAGAGAUUGGAUGAGUUGAGAAAGAAAAAGUCUACCGCUAACCCUUCUAUUAAUGCUCUUAUUGUGCAGGGUUCGGUUAAUGACGAUGAGUUCGGUAGCACCGAAGUUUGGUCUACUGACUCAGAAGACGAAGAAGUGAGGAAGCCUACUCAUGGAAAGGCUUAUAUGGCUAAGGAGGAAAGCAGUGGCGGAAAAUGCUUCAUGGUGUCUGGCGUAUCUCAGAUGAGGGGAUACAAUACCGAUGGAGGAAGCGAUGGACCGAAGGUGCAGGAAGAUAUGUGCUUUACGGCCAAACCACUCAGCCAACAGUUCAAUGAGCUUGAUGAACUAAUAAAGAAGGGUGGCGUCGAAGAGUGAGGAGCGGCGUAUGUGGAUUGAGUUAAAAGAGUCGGAAUUAGUUAAAGUUAAAGACGAAAACAUUUAUUUACAGAGAGACAAUUUGAAAUUGUUGAAACAACGAAAUGUUUUUUGUUUAAUAGCUAAACGUUUAUAUUCCAAUAUUACUCAACUUCACUUGGACUGUGAGAUAGGCCAAAAGAUCCAUCGUAUGAUUUUUCCCUUCCUAGAAUUUAAGGAGGAUGAAAUCGAUGC